UAUAGUAAUCAUGACACUGACAUAAAAUCCACUUUCAGUGACAGGUAGUGUCUGGAACACAGUACACCUCAUAAAGAGGCAGAUAGCAAAUAUAUACCAACGUCUGCUUUGCCUCUGAUAUCUUGAUAGGAACCUAUUGAUGUGGUGUCAUCUUCAUGGGAUUUAUACAGAUAAAGAUUUAUGGCUCUAGAUUUAACUCAUACUUAAAUUUAUGACACACACCAAAAUCCCCAAAAUAAUCAAUAUGUAAGAUAUAACCAGACAAAUGAUUGUUUCAUAGACUCUCUAACACAGAAGGGAAGUAACAGAACAAAUGUGUUAAUGUUCAAUAAGCAUUAUGAUGUCUUUGUAUUACUGUCAGUUGUGAAUAUGUCCAUGUACUGUAUGUGUGUGUGUUUUAUCAUCAUCUAGAACUGAUAUCUGAACUUGUAGCUGUCAUACAGAAUAGGAAGCAGCUGUACCCAUAACAAAGAGAAUUAGCCUAGGCAAGGUGCAUCCGGCUCACACUGCUUAUUAGCUGCUUACAUAGUAACUGUACUGAAGUUGAUAAAUUAGUGGUCUGACCUCAGCAGCAGGAAUAUGAUCUAGAGACAUGGCACUGUAUGGAAUGUCUGUCAUCACUGGGAUACUGAUCAAUGGAAUAUACUGCUGUGUGAUUCCUGAUGAUUUUGUGGGCGCAAGAGCACAUGGGGACAUUAUUAUUGGGGGCCUGUUUUCAGUACAUGGCAAAAUGAUGAACUCGGUUCGGGGAUAUCCACAUAAACCAGCUAUCGAGAAUUGUGCCGGGUUUGAGAUGCAGGGAUUCUUACAGAUACUAGCCAUGGUUCACACUAUAGAGUCAAUAAACAAUUCCACGCUUUUAUCUGGAGUUAAACUGGGAUAUGAAAUCUAUGAUACCUGUUCAGAGUCCACACUAGCAAUAUCAGCUACAUUACGAUUUCUGUCUACAUACAAUACAUCAGGAGACGCUGUUCAAUUUAAAUGCAACUAUUCGGACUAUAUACCCAAAGUAAAAGCUGUAAUAGGAGACAGUUAUUCAGAAGUGUCCAUUGCUGUUGCAAAGUUACUAAACACCCAGCUUAUACCACAGGUCAGUCAUGCAUCAUCUGCUCAAAUACUAAGUGAUAAAUUUAGAUUUCCUGCUUUCUUACGAACAAUUCCAAAUGACUCCUACCAAACUAAGGCAAUGGCAAAACUCAUUCAUUUCUCUGGAUGGAAUUGGAUUGGACUUAUAACCAUGGAUGAUGACUAUGGGCGAUCAGCUGUAGAGAGUUUUGGAGCUCAGGCUAACUUUAUCAAUGUAUGUAUCGCCUUUAAAGAAGUCAUACCUGCUCAUUUAUCUGACAGCAACAUACAGUCUCAGAUAGAUAAGACAAUUCAAACCAUACUAAAAGAAAAAGGGGUCAAUGUCAUUGUAGCUUUUCUAAAACCUUCACUUAUCGUAAAGCUAUUUUUAAAAGUUAUGGAGAAGAAAAUAAAGAAGACAUGGAUUGCAAGUGAUAGCUGGGCUGUAUCUACAGGAUUAAGUAGCAUACCCGAUAUUCAAAAGAUCGGCAAAGUGAUUGGAUUUAUGUUUAAGAGUGGUGAUACUACAUCGUUUCAGGAGUAUUUAAAAGACCUAAACCAAAAGGACUUUGAGAUGAAUCGUUUCCUAGACCAAUACGCAGUGCUUGUGUCUGACUGUUCAAAAAGGAAAUACAGUGAUAUGUACAGUUGUGUUAAUAAUUAUUCCAAAGAAGCUGUGGUGACCUCCACUAGGAUAAAGAACAAAGCUCUGGGAGAGGAUUUUCUUUCGGCCACAGUACAACCAGGGUUUAUCUUUAGCACUCAGCUGGCAGUGACUGCUAUAGCAUAUGCUAUUCAAAAACUGUGUUUGAAUAGAAACUGCAGAAAUCCUAAUGCCUUUGCACCAUGGGAGCUUCUACAAACCUUAAAGACCGUAAACUUCACUUACAAUGGUAGGACUCUCUACUUUGAUUCCAAAGGUGAUGCCAGUACAGGAUAUGAUGUUGUGAUCUGGAAAAUGGGCCCUGAUGGGAACAUAAAUAUCACCCCAUUUGCAGAAUAUGACACACAGAAAGCCAUGUUUAUAUUCAGCACCAAGGAUAAGGAAAAUGAAUUCAAACUUUUGAAGAAAAUCCGUUCCCGAUGCUCAGAUGAAUGUAAACCAGGACAAAUGAAAAAAACGUCAGCAAGUCAACACACUUGUUGUUAUGAAUGUGUUGCCUGUCCUGAAAACCACUACACCAAUACUGCAGAUAUGGUUUAUUGUCUUAAAUGCAACAAUAAAACUCACUGGUCUCCAGUAAACAGCUCUGUCUGCUACUUGAAAAAGAUUGAAUUUCUGCGCUGGGAUGAUGGCUUUGCAAUUGUUCUCCUCGUCAUUUCUUUUAUUGGUAUUUUUAUUAUUGUUGCUAUAGCGCUGCUAUUCACAAAGAAUUUUGAUACGCCUGUUGUCAAGGCAUCUGGAGGCUUCCUUUGCUACAUCAUCCUCCUCUCUAUUCUUUUCAGUUUUGUCAGUGCAGUCUUCUUCAUCGGGGAACCAGAAGACAUCAAGUGCAAAAUGAGGCAGACUAUGUUUGGCAUUAGCUUCACAGUUGCAGUGGCGUGCAUAUUGUUAAAGUCAAUCAAAAUAUUGCUAGCAUUCACCUUUGAACCCAAACUGCAAAGUAUUCUAAAGCGCCUCUACAAACCAUUUACCCUAAUCAUUGUGUGCACCGGGAUUCAGGUCAUCAUUUGUACUACUUGGCUGGUAUUCUGGUCUCCAUAUACGAAGGAGAAUUUCUCGCUUCCAAAGAGCAUCAUACUGGAGUGUGAUGAAGGCUCUACGGUGGCAUUUAGCAUCAUGUUAGGUUAUAUUGCUCUCCAGGCAUUCAUUUGUUUUAUUUUUGCAUUUCGGGGUAGGAAACUACCAGAAAAUUAUAAUGAAGCCAAAUUUAUCACAUUUGGCAUGUUAAUUUACUUUAUAGCUUGGAUCACCUUUAUUCCAAUAUAUGCUACAACAUUUGGUAUAUAUUUACCAGCUGUUGAAAUGAUAGUUAUAUUGAUAUCAAACUAUGGCAUUCUGUCUUGUACAUUUCUACCCAAAUGCUAUAUUAUCUUGUAUAAACAAGACACAAAUACCAAAUCUGCUUUCCUUAAAAUGAUCUAUAAAUAUUCAUCCAAAAGUGCCAGCAGUUUAACUAUUGGUCAAGUAUCCUCAAGUUCAUUGGCCUUACCCGAGAGCAAUAUCACGGUGCCCAGUGUGUCAGGUAGACCUUCUGUAAGUUCUGUAAGUAAUAGUUUUUCAUUCCACGAGAGACUUGUAGCUGCAGAUAUAGCUUCGACAAAAGCCAGAUGUCUCCAAAGGAAAAGACUAUCAAGCAUUUGAUGUUGGCAUUGUCCAAAACUUGUGAUUGUAUGGACUUAAAAAAAACAUACACCUGCACUUGUAUGUUCAUCAAAUACUGGAGCGGUGGUUUAGAAUAAUCAUGCAGCUGUCCCAUUCUACUCCAAUUGGCUAAGACAUUACUUGUGUUUGAAGAUUCCAGUGGACAGAACAGUGGACUAAAAACUAUGUGCUAAAAUACAAUUGUUUCUAAAGUGAAUAAAUUGUCUGUUAAGGUCAUGCAGCAAUGCCAGAUUUCACCAUUAGGUGGAACUAUAUUUCAAUGGCAGAUUUAUAUCUUAGCAAAAUAGGAACCUAUGUUGAGUGGGAACUGCUCCAUGUUACAACAUAAAGUGGAUCCCUUCUAAACAGGAAAAUCACUUAAAUCUAUGUUUGCCUGUAUAGAGUUACUUGUGGUAAAUCAACAUCAUUUACUUAGCUUGCUGUCAAACAUUUUAAGAUUACUUGAGUAAAUAUGUUUUAUGGGUAAUGUUAAUGUAAAUACCAGUCCUAUCCUAAAGUUAUAUUUAUGCUUUUGAUAAAAGGAGUUCUAUCAUGUAAUAUUGGACAUCUGCUUUACAAAGUAAACAUAGUAUAUGUAAUAGAACCUGGAAUUAUUAUUAGAACAGGAUAGCAGCCUUGGUUUGUGCAUUAACUACUAUUUUCUGAGUAUAUUUGUCAGCUGUAAAUAAUAGACUGUCUAAAGAAGCCUUAUAGGUCCUUACCUAGUUCUUUACUUCUAAGUUGGUCAUAAAAAAAAAAUGUUUCUGCUUAUAAACAAUGAAAAAGUACAACAUAUAUACAGUAUGUCGGA